AUGGCCAGAAGCAGCAGCAGGCAGGGAAGGCCAAUAGGGGCCCGAAGAAGGGAUGAAUCGAUGUUGACUCGUAUGGUGAAUUCAGUGUUUUCCUUCCUGAAGUAUGCUGAAUUUGAGAUCCUUUUCGUUCUUUUCUUUGUCGUCGCUUUUGUUGUGUUCAAAGAUCUUACCUCAAGGCCUGAGUACAACCAAAUCCUGGUGAAGAAGCCUGACAGUGGCGACUGGUGGCCUUAUUAG